AUGGUACAUGCGCAUGCGCAUGCGCAUCGCGACCAUGUCGCCAAUCUCCAGGCGCGAAGCCCCGACAACGAUGUCACUGUGGUCUAUGUCACUCUAUCUGCAGACUUCGAUGGGCCUAUUGGAGGGUAUGUGACCAUGUCACAGACUUCCUCGGACAAAAGCGAUAAGGCAACGGCCGGUCUUGGUGCCCCUAUUCAGCAGACUCGGUCAUCUUCGAAGGAGGAAACGACCACGAUCCAGACAAGCGAGAAGACAAAGGCCGAAGCCACAGCAACCGCCACAAAGGACUCUGAUCGCCCAUCCACUACCACACAGAAGGCAGAGCAGACUACUCACGCAUCGCAGGCAGCAACGACUGAACAGGCGUCGACAGCCCAAACUACAUUUCAAACCAGCUCUUCUUCCUCGACUUCGGCUAUCACUGGAUUAGAGGAUGCUGCCGUCACCGCGUCGUCCACGAGUGUUCCAGCAGCAUCGGCCUCUCCCACGGCUAUGCCUGCUUCGCAAGGCCUUACUGGUGGUGCGAAGGCAGGAAUCGCCAUUGGCGUGAUAGUUGCAGUCGGUGCGAUUGCAGUUUUCAUCCUCCUCUGGCUCCGCAAGAAAAAGCAAGGUCAGCACGUGCAGGAAAUCGACCCUGAGAAUGAGAAACACGUGCGCCAGGAGGAUAUUGCACCCCCCCCUCCUCCGAAGCCGGAAUCUGUGACCUCGCCCAGUCCGCCUCAACUCAACAUUCGCCCUGUGACCCAAUUUGCACCUUUCGCAUCGGAUUUCGCGUCGAACGGUGGUGCGGCUAAACUCUCUGCAGGUGGCAGUCUCGCACCCGUUGCUGAAUCUGCUGUUGUCAGUCGCUCUCUCACGGAUCAUCCUUCGCCGCCCCAAACGCCAAAGUCCAGCUCUCACGGUUCAGACCCAUUCGGUGACCCUGUCAACCCCUUCAGCAAUGGUGCGGAAGCCCCAUCUCCUCUUGCCUCAAGCACUGCACUUAGCAUCGCAUCUGCACCUGUUCCACAGGCCGAGGAGACUGCUUCUACUCCAGAAGAGAUAGCUCCUGCAGAGACCGAGCAAAUUUCACCAGUGGUGAGUGCCGCCGAGAGUGAACCGGUUGCUGAAGACGCCAUCGUUACCGGAGUUGCGGCCGCAGCUGCUGUCGUUGGCGUUGCAGCUGUAGCCACUUCUACGUCGAAGACACAAGAGAAGCAACUGCCCGUGUCUCCCGGAGCUUCUGGAACAGGUUCCCAAGCUAUUCCCCAAGGCGCUGUCCUAGAUGAUAUUCCCACCGCGAAUACUCCAAGCACACCUUUUGCUGCUCCUGUCGCCGCUCCUGUUGUCGCUCCUGGACCACGCCCUCCGCCUUCCGGGCCUGCUCCUCCUCCACCAGGAAACGUACAUCGCGUGCAAUUGGACUUCAACCCUUCGAUGGAGGAUGAAUUGGAACUGCAUUUCGGUCAGCUUGUCAGACUACUGCACGAGUAUGACGACGGGUGGGCUCUAUGCACGAGACUUGAUCGAUCGCAACAGGGUGUUGUCCCUCGAUCUUGUCUAUCUUCGCGGCCUCUCAAGCCCAGACCCCCUCCAGGUCCUGGGGCUCGUGGCCCGCCGAUGGCAGCACCCAAUCGUCCGAUGCCCCCUAGGCCCACCACGCCAUCCUCCAACUUCAACCCCCCGGUCCCUCGGCCACAGUCACCUGCUCGCCCGAUGUCGCCUGGCCAGCCCAGCUACGCCGGUCCCGGUCCUAUGCCACUGCGUCUCCACAACCAGCAUCCUAUGUCCCCUGCUCAGGGGCCAACUGCUCCCAGAUCCUUCUCGCCGGGGCCGGGCCCUAGACCGAUGGUUCCCAGAUCAAUAAGCCCUGGGCCUUACGGUUUUCCGGGGAUGCAGAAGCCCCACAUGCCGGCAAGCCAGCGGCCACGAAGCAACAGCACGGGUGCUGCUAUGGGACCCAACCCUCGGCAAGGCGGGUUUUCGGGUCCGAGUCCCUUAGGUGGUCCGAUGAUGCCACCAGUGUCCACCAUUCCCCGAGCAACACCGACAAUUGUUGAAAGCCCGAUCUCGGAGACCGGGGACCGCGAGUGGUAA